CCCCUUUUACACUGUCUUUGACUGUUUCCCCCCCCCAAUGACGUUGCGAUGGUUCGGCCCAACUGUUGCUCGUUCCCUCCUUCCCAAAUGUUUGAGAGGCCGUCGCCCUUCACCCCACCGGCGCGAGCUCCAGUCCUUCGGCCUUUUGUAUUUCCCCAGCCUGGAAAAGCGACAGUUUAUAAAUCCCGAUCAAAAGCAGGCAAAUCAGGAGGAUCCUGAUUGGCCGCUGGGGUUGAGGGAAAAUAACAGGCCGCCGUUGAUUGGCCCGCCUUGCCAAGGGAGGAUGUUAGGAAAGCUGCGACUGGCUGCUUGGCGGGGAGCUGUUGCAGGGACCGUUUUAUGGGGUGGCGGUUCACACGUUAUGGGGGACAAUGAGGAUCUUGAUGCUGCAGGUGCCUCAAAUGUUCAGAGCAGCCUUUCAGACUCCUCUGUGGAGAACAGUGCCACGCAAGAUGACUACCCACUUCCCACCACGGCACGCUCUCCAACCUGCGCCCGCUGCCGUAAUCAUGGCAUCAGGGUGCCAUUGAAAGGCCACAAGAACUGUUGCCAAUUCAUGGACUGCCAGUGUGACAAAUGCAUCCUUAUUCUGCAAAGACGCCGGGUCAUGGCCGCCCAAGUGGCUCUUCGUAGACAACAGGAACUGGAGCUGAAACGACACUUUCCCAGUGGUUUGCUACAGCUUCAAGACAGUGGGCCACCAAACUUCCUCCCCUUGGCCAAACCGCUGAAAGCGAUUAAACCAUGCAGGGGAGGGACAGACAAGAAGGAAAAUGAAGAACCUAUGAACGAGUCAGAAGAUGGACUCCGAGGAACUUCAGGACUCCUGCGAAGACAAAGGCGGAGAACUGCAAGGAAGGAAAAUUCCUGGUUACCUCUGUCUCCUUGUUCAAAAGUGACUGAGCUGCCCUGGGCUCUCGGAGGACAUCAUGCUCCUCCUCCUUGGUUCCCGCCUCCUCUUGCAAUGCCCCCAAGCUCUUUCUCCCCUUUCCUGCCUCAGGAGCAUUCCUUUAAUCUUCCGUGUAUGGAAGGUUGCCAUGGAAAUGAAGCUUUAUACACACCAGAGAGUUAUCUGCCUGCUCCAGGGCAGAUGUUUCAUCCGGUGCCUGGUGUCCCCUGGUGUCUACCUCCACCUACUGACCUAUCGAGCCGCAUGGCCCUGAACCCCAUCAGUGGCAACAUGGAUUUGAGCCGACGUUCCAAGGCCCCGUCUCUGGGAGGUCAGCCCAAUUCUUCCGCUCACCUUUCAGUCUGGCCCACCCGAGGGUUUUUCUUCUCGCCCCUUUCUGAGCAACAGCUCCAGAAAGAGGCCGCCGAAGCCUUGAUGGUGUUAAGGAAUGCCCCCCAAUCUAGCCCCAUGCUUUCCCCUUCGGGCCUCCUGCCCCCUGCCAACACCAUCUCUGCCCUCAUGGGCCCCCCGAGUUUCUCCCACCCUAUAGAAGCCAUUCCCAACCCUGCCCUUCCCAGUCCUUUCCAGCCACAUCCCUCGUACUUCCUGCCUCCCUACGUUCCACAGGGUAUCAAGGCCUCGAGGGACAUAGCCUUGAAGCGAGCCCACGUACCCCCAGAGUCGGUCAAUGCUCACCCCGAACAAGUUCCAGGGCCCUUCUUCUUUCCACUGUUCCACGGUAGCCCUCAUCCCCAGCAAUACAAAAACGUCCGUCUGUUCUCGGUCGCUCCGUCUCGAGGGGCUCAGGUAGCGACCUCUCUCAUGGUUUCCAGCAUCCAGCCGGUCAAACCGAGCCUUGGGACGGCUUCCGGUUACAGCCACCACUACCAUUUUGCCCCAAACUUGAGAACUUACCACAGCACCUCAGGCUCCAUGCAAAAGACUGUCUGCUUGCCCCAAAGCAUGGAGGCCGGCUGGAUCUCUGAGACCAGCGUUGAAGUCCUUGCGCCCUCUAGCUCCGCUCCUGGCCAUCCGCCGCUGAUGCCUUUCUGCGUCUCGCCCAUGGACGUCUCGGUCACCGUGCCCUUCCAAGCAGGAUCCCCCGUUGGGAUGGAUCUGCACAUGCUCCCUCCCAGUUUGUCUCUGCUGAACCCCGGCCCCUGCCUUCUAGCUCAGCCCUCUUUCCCAGACCCCUUACUUCUCCCAGGGCAGCUGUCUCAGCAGUGCCAACCCCAGCAGUUCCAAGAAGGAAGGUGUUCCGGCAAAAAGCUCAAAGAAGAAGAGCACGACAAGUGCCGUAAGGGGCCUGACAGCAAGGAUGAAAAAGAUUCAGCUGCAGCAGGGCCCGAGUGCCUGACAUCCAAACAAGUGCCUAGCCAGUCUGCUCAGCAGGUCUCAGAAAACCCCCAGCAGCCAAGCCACCUCCACCAGGCCAACGGCUCCCCUUCGGUGUCUUUGAGCAUCGGCCAAAUGGGCUCCAUAUCCCUUCCCAGUUAAGUCUUCUAGUUGGGAAAGGACAAGGCUGGCAUACACCCAACUGCAUCUGCGGAAAUCUUUGAGCGGAAGAGGGAGGCUUCCGUUGAUCAAGGCCCCACUCCAAGCCAGGAAUCUUUGAAAAGGAGAGGGGGCUUCUACACCAGGUUGCAGCCUUGGCAUGUUUUUCAUUCUACCUGCAACUGAAUUAUUGCAAUUGCCGGUCCCUUUUAUUGGCGUAAUGCACCAAGUCCAGAUCAUUUAACACGGUCAAUUCAUUUUUAACUAGUUCUGUGCCCGAUGGAAGGCCGAGUUUGUUUUGACUUGAACCAUUGUUAUAUUUUAGACAACAGGAAGUUUACUUUUAGACACCAAGUUGGUUUGCAUUCCUUUUUUGAAAAGGGUAUUUUCCCAUCGUUUUCUCAAAUCAGAGGGAUAUGAUUGAUAAGCAAAAACAGGUUUAAGACGCACUGAGAAUUUGAUCCACUUACGGGAUCUUGCAUAUUAUUGAUUCAGGAGAAGAAACGAAUGUUGAAUUCAUGAUCCGAAAGUUUGCUGCUAAUAAAAAUGUUGAGAAGUACUACUGAAGUUUCUACUGUUUUUUAUCAAAAGGUUGCAGUUUUCAAAGACUUUUAGAAUUUGGUCAUGUUUUACAAAGUUAAUCAGGGCUCUUUAGAUUUUAAACCCAAUAUCCUUACAGUGUGCACUCCAAGUAUUUUGUUAGGUUUAUGUGAAAACUUUCAGCUCCAUGUUGAAGGUAGCAGAAUUCUGGGAACUGAGAAAUUAAGCAUAUUGCUUUGAUAAAUCUCUAGAAAUACCUUUGAGGGUAGGAAUGAUAGCUAUGAAUGUAUGAUUUAAAUAAUACAUGG